AUGACGUUUCAGGGAGUUUCUGGAUUGCUUGAAGUUUAUAAAAGGAUGGGGGAUGCAACUGCGAGGAGAGAGCGACGGAGACAGAGGAUAUUGGAGAAUAGCGAGAAUCGAAUGAAACGGAUCACAGGAGAUGUCCAAUCAUGGUCUGAUGCAAAGUCACAACCGACUUCCCCACAUUCCCAGUCGUCUUUCCAUCAUCCCAUAGAUACAGAUACUGUCAUGAGGGAGCACAUGCCCAGAGAGCCAAGUCAAGGAGGAAUGGAAAAUCCUGACAUUUCAUCUAGCUAUGAGCCUGAAGCACUCAGUAAUCCUAGGCAGAGAACUGUAUUCACAAGAAAAGUAGACAGUAUGGAGCCCAGUCAUAUGUCCCAGAUUACUGAACUCCAAACAUCCAAUCAAAAGACAGAUGUGAUCAAUGACCCAGUUUUUGCACUCCUGCUGAACUUCUUGGGAGAAAAAAAUAUUCCUAUGCCUGAUGCCUUUCUCCUUGCUGGAGGUGUGGCUGGCACAUGUAGAUAUGAGAUCAUUGGCACCAAAAACAGAGGGAACCCAUGUACUGUCGACAUAGGCUACGGGAUAGCGAUGCUAAACUUACUCUACCCUAGAGAACUUACCGGACAGGGAAGGCAGAAUAGAGGAGUGCUUGAGUUUGAUUCGAUAGAGGGAGAGGAUGAGAUUUCUCCCAAGAAGGAGUUAAAGAAAGGGAAUUCCGGACACCAGGAAUGA